AUGUGUGAUCUACGACCAUUUAAAAAUCAAGUUUAUGAAACACUUAAAAAAAAACAUAAUUCACAAAAUUUAUUUGUUGAUUCAGAAUUUCCAGCAACAAGUAAAUCAAUAUAUCAUUCAGGAAAACAGUUAAAGGAUGUUCAAUGGUAUAGACCACCGAUAGUUUUUCGAACUCCUCAAUUUGUAAUUAAUGGUUUUCAACGUGGUGAUCUUGAUCAGGGUGAAGUCGGAAAUUGUUGGUUUAUUGCUGGUGCUGGUGCUGUAACACUUAAUCCUGAUCUUCUUCAACGUGUUGUUCCAUCUAAUCAAUCAUUUGAUGGAAAAGAUUAUGCUGGAAUUUUUCAUUUUCGAUUUUGGGUAUAUGGUCAAUGGUAUGAUGUUGUUAUUGAUGAUCAAUUACCAUUUCAUUCGGAUGGUAGACUUGUAUUUUGUCGUAAUAAAAAAGAUAAAAAUGAAAUGUGGUCUCCGUUAUUAGAAAAAGCUUAUGCAAAAUUAUGUGGUUCAUAUGAAGCAAUGGAAGGUGGUUUUACAACAGAUGCUUUAAUUGAUAUGACAGGAGGAAUUGAAGAAGCAUUUGAACUUAUUAAUUCAUCAACAGCAACUAGCGAAUUCAAGGAACAAAUAAAACGUGUUCUUUGGCAAGCUUAUUUACGUAAAUCAAUGCUUGGAUGUUCAAUUACUGCUGAUCCAAAAGUAACUGAAGCUCGACUUCCAAAUGGUCUUGUUAAAGGUCAUGCUUAUUCAAUAACACGGGUAGGUGAUGUAACGACUAGCUCUGGUUCUGUUACUCUUAUUCGAUGUUUAAAUCCAUGGGGAAAUGAAACUGAAUGGAAUGGCAAAUAUUCAGAUAAUUCGCAAGCAUGGGAUGCAAUUAGUGAUGAAGAAAAACAAGAAUUAGGUGUACAUGCAUUACAUGAUGGAGAAUUUUGGAUGAGUUUUGAUGAUUUUUUUACUAAUUUUCAUCAAUUACAUAUUUGCCAUCGAGGACCAGCUAGUUUAGGUACAACAGAAGAAGAUGCUGGUGCUUGUACAUGGAACAAUUUAUUUCGAGAUGAUAAAUUAACAUGGAAAGAAGAAAUGUUUCAUGGUGAAUGGGUUCCUGGUUCGACAGCCGGCGGUUGUGGUCAACCAAAUAAAGAAAAAUAUUGGACAAAUCCACAAUAUUUAGUUCGAUUAAAUUUUAUUGAUGAUGGUGACAAUGAGAAUUUAUGUACAAUGAUUAUAGCUUUAAUGCAAAAAGAAACACGUCAACGUCGUCUACGUGGUCUUGAAGGUGAAGAUUAUGUACAAUUUCGUGUUUUUAAAGUAAGAAAUUUUGAAAAUUUAUCCUAA